CCGCACCGCGGCCCGCGCCUGCAGCCCGUGCCCGCCACCUUCCGCCCGCAGGACCCCGACUACCAGCAGUCGCUGCUGUUCCUGGGCUUGGUGGCCGCCGUGUGCCUCGGCCUCAACCUCCUCUUCCUGACCGUGUACCUGAUCUGCCUGUGCUGCUGCAAGAGGGACCAGGAGCCCGAGAGCAAGCGGCCCSAGUCGUGCUGUGUGACCUGGAUGGCCGUCACCGCCGGGCUCAUCUGCUGCGCGGCCGUUGGCAUCGGCUUUUAUGGGAACAGCGAGACCAACGAUGGGGUUUUCCAGCUGCUCUACGCCCUGGACCACGCCAACCAGACCCUCACUGGCAUCGACUCCCUGGUUGCCAGCACCACGCUGCAGAUGCAGGGAGCGCUGGAGCAGCACCUGGCACGGCUGAACGAGCUGCUGGCCUCRCGGGGGGAUUACGUGCAGACCCUCAAGUUCACCCAGCAGCUGGCUGGCAGCAUCGUCCUGCAGCUCCAGGGGCUGCCGGCCUGGCGGGGUGUCAGUGCUGACCUCACCGAGCUGUCAGGACAGGUGGCCUACAUCGAGUAUUACCGGUGGUUGGCAUACCUGCUCUUCUUCAUCCUCGUCCUCACCGUCUGCCUGCUGGCCUGCCUGGGGCUGGCCAAGCAUUCCCGCUGCCUCCUGGUCAUGAUGCUGUGCUGUGGGCUGCUCAUGCUYGUCCUCAGCUGGGCCUCCAUGGCCGUGGACACGGCGGCCGCGGUGGGCACCAGCGACUUCUGCGUGGCCCCGGACAAGUUCAUCAUGAACCAGACGGACGAUGUGAUCAGCGCAGAGGUGGUUCAUUAUUACCUGUACUGUGACCAGAGCCUGAGCAGCCCCUUCCAGCAGGCUCUCACUGUGUUCCAGCGCUCGCUGACCACCAUGCAGAUCCAGAUCCAGGGGCUCAUCCAGUACGCGCUGCCCCUCUUCCCAACAGCUGAGAAAGAUCUGCUGGGGGCCCAGCAGCUGCUCAACUCCUCAGAGACCAGCCUGCACCAGCUGACGGCCCUGCUGGACUGCCGGGGGCUGCACAAGGAUUACCUGGACGGCCUCAUCGGGAUCUGCUAUGACGGCGUGGARGGGCUGCUCUACCUCGGGCUCUUCUCCCUGCUGGCGGCCGCCGCCUUCUCCACCGUCAUCUGCGCGGCCCCGCGCGCCUGGAGGCARCUGGCCGGGCGGGACCGGGACUACGACGACAUGGACGAGGAGGACCCGUUCAACCCGCAGGCGCGGCGCAUGGCCACGCACCGCCCGCCGCGGGGACAACUGCGCAGCUUCUGCAGCUACAGCAGCAGCCUGGGCAGCCAGAGCAGCCUGCASCCGCCGGCUCAGACCGUGUCCAACGCGCCCGUCUCCGAGUACAUGAACCAGGCUGUGCUCUUUGGAGGGAACCCCCGCUAUGAGAACGUGCCCCUCAUCGGCAGAGGGUCACCUCCCCCCACGUACUCUCCCAGCAUGAGAGCCACGUACCUGGCGGUCACCGAUGAGCACGUCCGGCACCGCGGCGAUUUCCCAGCCUAGCAGGGAUGGCRCUGGGGAAACCAAAGAGCCCCGGAGACAGCGCGGUAGGAGACACAGCAGGGGCUGCAGGAUGAGCCCCCCGGCAUCCCCAUCCCCUCAGCAGCCCCCUGGACCCAAACCCCACUGCCUUACGGGAGCACAGAGGGGCUGCUCCGCUGUCUGUCUGUCUGUCUGUCCGUCCCCAUCUCGGGGAUGUCGUGGAGCACAAAUCCCGGGACACGCUGUCCCYGGUCCCGUAGCAAUGCAGCACCAACCACUCGUGAUCCCAAACCAUUCCCAAUGCCUCUCCUGGCUGUUCUGGCUCCCCGUGCCCCCCUUGCCAUCCCCUGGCCCCACAGCAAUCCCAGGCUGGGGAGUGAUGGAUGUUUUGGUCCUGCUGGUUCUCCUCYGCUGGGAUUUGGGCCCCAUUGGAGGAACCUGCUCUGUCCCAGAGGAGGGUCACUGCAGUGGGGUUGGUAGCGGGUUUUUGGGUGGGUUUAAGCUCUUUUUGGCUCGCCAGGGCAGGUGUGGGCUGGGGCAGACUCCUGCAGCCUUGGAGUGGUCACAAAUGGGAACUGUUUGGGUGUCCCUGGGGUAGAUGUAGGGAAGGGACAAUGUAGAGCGGCCACCCCGGGGGCCUCGUCCAGCAUUGCCAGGGCUGGCUGAGGAGCUGGGAGACCAAUAUGAGCUGAACUUGGCUCUUUGGGGCUGUCCUUCAGCACAGGGAUCCCCAGGAAAGCCCCUUCUCCCUAGAGCAGGGAUGGACCCCCUGUCUCAUCCCACCCAGACCCCCAAAGGGUGUGACAGAGCAGCGGGUGCUCCCCACCCCAGGGCCAGGACAUCCCCCUGACUCCCCUGUUCCAUAUUCCCCGUAACU